AGAUUUGAACUUAGACACGGACGUUUAUCGCAACCAUGAUCUGGGUUGUGUUUCCUACUGAACAUACCUACAUGAGUAAGCGCAAGUUGACGUGUACUUCAUGGUUCCUGAUCCUUGUGCUCAUUGGCUCUUUGACAUCAGUAUACAUCAUUUCACUGCAUUUUGCAGCAAGCGCGUGCCGGUCAACAUUAGAACGAGGUAAAUAUGAGGAAAUCAACCGGAAACCCCUGGCCAACCAUCAGAGGGAAAUAGAAAAAGGCUCUGGAUGGAACUUGGAGACGUUGCCUGAAAAGUGGAGCGAAAUUUCUCGGGAUCAAAAUUUCGAUGAAUUGGACGAACAAAUACUGGAGGUGGAAAUGGCAAAUGUACCAGUUUCCUUUUGGAGAUCCAUCAAGCCCAACUUGUCGGAAUACAACAUUUACCCUGGAUGUGGGCAAAUGCCACAUAUCCUAGAACUCAAUGAAAAUAAUCUCGUUUGGCAGACGUUGUCCACAGGGAAUGGCAUGUUUCAUCUGUAUUCCGCUCACUACGACAUCAGACCACUGGUUUCAGAACCCACCAUUCGGAUUUUCGGCAUGAUCAACAGGCUGCUGCACCCAAAGGUGGGAACCAUGUGUCAAGUUUGGUUUGCGAAUGACACGAUGCCAUUGGCAGUACCGGUUGUCAAGUACCGCUUCCUUCGGGACGUGGACUCAGGAACAAUCGGCAACAUGUUCUCCUACUCUAUUGAAUGUACUGUUCCACAAAGCAAAGAG